CAGUCCCUUCAGAACAUGCUCUGUUCUCUGCACUCUGAGCUCGACCUCCAGACCUACCUGGUGAAAAUACAGCAGCCCCUCACAAGCAGGAGCCCGAAGCUCGGCGGCGCCCCCUGUGGUGAGGAGGCGGAGCCUAUGUCUGUGACGUCGGUUGAGACGAUGGACACCAUGUCGGAGGGCGACGCCCCCCCGGCGUUCACCCGCGGCAGCCGCGUGCGCGCGAGCCUGCCCGUGGUCAGGUCCACCAAUCAGACCAAGGACCGGUCGCUAGGUGUGCUGUACCUGCAGUACGGGGAUGAGAGCCGGCAGAUCCGCAUGCCCAACCAGAUCUCCAGCGUGGACACGGUCAGAGCCAUGUUCGUCGGAGCCUUCCCCCAGCAGCUCACCAUGAAGAUGCUGGAGUCCCCCUCCGUGGCCGUCUACGUCAAGGAUGACAUGAGGAACAUGUACUACGAGCUGGCGGAUGUUAGGAACAUCACGGCCCACUCCUGCCUCAAGGUCUACCACAAGGACCCCGCCCAGGCCUUCAGCCAGACCCCCCGGCCCAGCAACGGGGACCCCGGCAGGAUGCCCCGAGAGGGGAUGUACGCCGGGCCGCCCCCCCUCCGCCAGCCCCCGCUGGGCCCCCCCCAGCACCCCUCCAUGUCUGGGGGGGGCUCCAUGUCCCCCUCCACGCCCACCUCCUCCGUGCCCUCCUCCCCCUCCCGGAUCCCCUUCGGGAUGCCCCGCCAGGCCCCCCUCCCGGCCGGGGGCCCCGGGCCCCGCCACCCGGGCCCCGGCCCCCAGGCCCGCUCCGCCUCGCCCUGCCCCAGCGCCAUCCUGGAGCGCCGCGACGUCAAGCCUGACGAGGACCUGGGGGCCCGGGGCCACGCGGGGGCCCACGCUGGGGGCCACGCGGGGGGCCACGCUGGGGGCCACUCGGGGGCCCACUCGCUGGGCCGGGGGGGCGAGCCCCUGUACGCCGACCCCUACCUGCUCCAGGACGGCCGGAUGACCCUGGGCCACGCCGGCCACGAGGGGCCGGACCACUCGGGCCUGGGGGGCUACCACCGCGCCUCCAUCCGCUCCACGGGCUCCUACGGGGGCCCCAGCCCCACCCACGACACGGUGGACCACCCCUCCCUCUACCGCCAGCGCUCGCGCAACAGCGGGCUGCCCACCCUGGGCUCCAAGACGCCGCCCCCCUCCCCCCACCGCAUGACCGAGGUCCGGAUGAUCGACCUCCACGGCGGGGGCCGCCCCCACGGCGGGGCCCCCCACGGCGGGGCCCCCCACGGCGGGGCCCCCCACGGCGCGGCCCCCCACGGCGCGGCCCCCCACCCGGGGCAGCACCAACACCACGGCGGGGGCUCCCCGCUGGGCGGGCCCCUCCACGCCCCCCUGGAGCGCAGCUCGUCCCAGCGCCAGUCCUUCAGGAAGGAGGAGGCCCCGGGGGGGGGGGCCAGGGGCCGCGGCGGCCUGCCCCCCCCGGGGGCCCCGGACACCCCCCAGGGGCCGGGCCAGGCCGGGCCGCACCCUGCCGCCAACGACCCGCAGACACGAGAGCGAAUGAAGGCUAUGGAACAACAGAUUGCCAGCUUGACUGGUCUUGUUCAGCAUGCACUUUUAAAGGGGCCAAACACAGGUAGCACCAAAGAAACAACCAGCGAGAGACCUUCCAUGUCCUCAUCUCCAGCCCAGAGCAUCAACAGCACAGUCUCAGGUGGAUCUCCGGUGCUCAGUGUUAGGAACGCUCCGGUCCAGUUUGAUCCGGCCCUUGGUCUGAGGAGCGCCCCGGUCCAGUCUGAUCUGGUCCCGGGUCAGAGGAAGGCCCCGGUCCAGGCAGCGGAGAAGAGCUGGCGCCCCCUGCAGGUCAACCUGAAGAGCUUCAGGAAGAACAUCUCAGACCUGAGAGUCCAACUGCAGCAGAUGAGACAGCAACAGCUUCAGAACCAGGAGGAGCUGAGGCAGCAGCUGAAGUGGGCGGAGCAGGAAGUGGGGGCGAAGCUGGCUGAGGCCCUGCGGCGGGCGGACGAGCCGGCCCACAGACAGCGCACCCUGGUGGAGGAAGACCGGCUAAAGUACCUGGGCCUGGAGCAGGACGUCCUGUCCCAGCUGGGGGACCUGGAGCGGUAUGUGGACUCCCUGCAGAGGGACCAGGGGGGUCCGCCCGGGCGGCCGGUGUCCCUGCGGGAGGUGGAGGAGGGGGCCGUGUCCCUCAGGAAGGUGGGGGAGGGGCUGGCCGGACUCAAAGGCGAGUUCCCGGGGCUGCAGGGCAGCAUGCGGACGGUGCUGCGGGUGGAGGUGGAGGCGGUGAAGUUCCUGAAGGAGGAGCCGCACAAACUUGACAGCAUGCUGAAGAGAGUGAGGAGCCUGACGGAGACACUGGGCUCUCUGAGGAGGUACGCUACUGAGGUCUCCGCCCACAGCGCCGUGAGACCGGCCCCUGGGGGCCCCAUCUCCACCCUCACCACCUCCUCCACCAGCACCACCACCUCCUCCACCAGCACCACCCUGCUGGCAGAGCCCCCCAGAGAGACCCCCAGGGAGCCCCCCUGCCUCGCCGCCUCGUCCGGCCAGACGGAGGCGGAGGCGGCCCCCCUCCCGGCGCCGCGCCCCCCGGUGAAGCCCCCCUCCUCCCUCAUGGUGGUCCAGCACGCGCAGAGCUCCCCGGUCCUCAUUCAGCACAGCCAGACCUCCGGCAGCCCGCAGGGGGUCCCGGCCGACGCCCCGGGCCCCCUGACCCCCAAGGCCAGGGCCCCGGAGCCGGCCAGGAAGCUCCCCGGCGGCGGCGGCGGCGUGCUGAACAACGGGUCGGGGACCAGGCAGGACAUCAUCGAGGAGCUGCAGACCAGCCAGGGGAGGGGCAGAAGCCGCGCCCUGUCCAUCGAGGCAGCGGAGAAGGAGUGGGAGGAGCGGAGGCAGAACAUGGGUCAGUACGACGGGAAGGAGUUUGAGAAGCUGCUGCAGGAGGCGGAGGCCACCAUGAUGAAGGGCGCGCCCGUCUCCCCCACGGCCUCUGCUGGGGGGGAGGAGCCAGGACACCCGGCCAGCCCUGCGACCACGCCUACAGACCCCCAGCCAGACGGGGCCGCCGAGAAGCAGCCCCGCCCCGGACCCGAGAGGAACGACCGGCCCUCCAGACCCGCGGUCCUGGAGAGACCCUCCAAGACCCCCGGCCCUAAACCCGCUCACCCCGCAGAGAAGACCCCAAAGACCGUCUCCGAGAAGGGCUGCAAGUCCCCACCGCCUCCCCCCCCCAGGAAGACCUACUCCGGGUCCAUCCCCGGGUCUGGGUCCGGGCUCACCACCACCCGGUCCGGGGAGGUGGUCUUCACCAGCAAGAGGUCCUCGGGUCAGGAGGAAGAGGAAGAUGCCCCUCCUCCUCCUUCCCCCAAAAAUACACCUUUCAAGGUGUCACCUGUGGCCACACCCACUCCCAUGCUGGCCGACGCCCCACCCAAGACACCCAAUCCUCCUCCCCAUCCAGAGCCAAUCACAGAAGGGGAGGAUGAUGGGGAAAAUAUCAUGGCAGAACUACAGGUGUUCCAGAAGUGUCCUGUAGGGGGCGUACUUGUUGAGCCUCAGGUCAAAGAGCUCAGAGCUGGGGCCCUCCCAGCCCUCAAAGAGAAAACAAAGCAGACUUCAGAUCCAGCCAAGGAAAAAGAGGAUAAAAGUCCGGACACGGAUGAAAACGGAAACACCCAAUCCCGCCAGAGUCCCGCGGUCAUUUACUACGUGACCGGUCAGAUCACCAAAGAGCACCCCCCGUCGACCACGCCGGAGGAGUCCACUGAACGCAGCCGAGAGUCCACCUUUCCCCCAUCCCAGGUGUCAAAUGUCAAUGCUAACGACCAUUUCCCAAGCCAGCUACCGCAGUCGCAGACUCCACCCAAACCACCACCCAAACCGUCGGCUCGCUCUCCCCCAGUCUCUCCCCCUGCCGUCUCUCCUCCUCCCACCUCUCCAACCUCGAGCUCUCCUCCUCCCAUCUCCCCAAAACCCGUGGGGUUGAUCGGCUUCAAGCUGCCCAGGAAGCAGAUAAAACGCUCCGUGUCCCUGAAGAGCGACCGCGGGACCGAGGUGGAGAAAGGAAACCUCAUCCUCCUCAACCAAAUCAACAACGAAAAAAAGUUAAAGUCCUCGGUGGUCCAGGAGACCAACAGUAAGAGUAUCAUAGUAGAGUCUGUGUCCACCUCCACUGUGGAAACCCCCAGAGAGCUGCCCACCGUCCCCCUCCCAGAGAAGGCCCCGGCUGAGGCAUCCGACCGGCCCAGAGAUCCACAUAAGGGACGAGAUGAGGGGGCAGGUCUGAGCCCAGACCUCCCUGGAGAAGAGGCACCUCCGCCGCCAGACAACAUUGCCUUCAUGAUCACCAGCAGCAAGGUGCAGGCUCUGUCCUGUGGAGAGUACAAGGAGCUGGUAAACUCCAAGAAAGGCAAUGUCCAGACCCUCACGGUGGGCGAGUCCGGAAAGUGGGGCGACCUGACCGGAGGCGAGGACGCGGACGCCGCGGGCACGCGCGAUUACAGCUUCAACAAGAAGCCGGUGAUCAUCAUCUUCGACGAGCCCAUGGACAUCCGCUCGGCGUACAAGCGGCUGUCCACCGUCUUUGAGUGCGAGGAGGAGAUGGAGAGGAUGUUGGGGGAGGAGCGCAUCGACGAGGAGAGCGAAGGGUCCGAUUCUGAUAGGAGUGGUGCUCAGCAGGUUACUGGAGGAGCAGGGAGUGACGUGUCCCUGAAGGCCAGGGGGCAGUCUCUGGCCAACCGAGGGAGCCUGUCCUCCUGCUCCUCCUCCUCUAGCGCUGAGCUAGCGGACGGAGCCGGGAACUCCAACGAGUCCAACGGAGAGGGCAAGCAGGACGGCAAGAAGAAGUUCAGGUUCAAGUUCCCCAAGAAGCAGCUGGCCGCGCUGUCCCAGGCCAUCCGCACGGGAAGCAAGUCGGGCAAGAAGACCUUGCAGGUGGUGGUCUACGAGGACGAGGAGGAGACGGACGGCACCGUCCGACAGCACAAGGAGGCCAAGAGGUUUGAGAUUCUGCGCACUGACGAAAACCCCGUCCCGGUUUCCACUUCCAUCCCGGUACAACGGGACAACUCGGAUUCCUUGCAACGGACCAGCGAGAUCCGGAAGAGCACCUACAAGACCCUGGACAGCCUGGAGCAGACCAUCAAGCAGCUUGAGACCACCAUCAGCGAGAUGGGCCCCUGCUCGCCCGAUGAGCACAGGGCCGAGGAGAAGAUGGGAGAGAAGAAGAGCUCAGAGGGCCUGAAGAGAUCCGCUUCUCUGCCCACCUCCAGGAUGUCCGGUCCUAAGGUCACCCUACCCCUCAAGAGCUCCCUGCGGAAGAAAAGCAAGCCCCAGCUCCUGCCUCGGCCCGUAGUCGCCCCCACCGCUACCUCCACUCCUGCCCCCAGUUCCCCAGCCAGCGUUAAACAACAGAGCCUCGUUUCUCCUACUAGUCGGAUGCCCGUCCCCUUGUCCACGAAGGCCCGGCAGUCGCCCGGUAACACCGAAAAGCCAGCAAAACAACCCAAACUACCGGAUGCUCAGAGGCAGUUCCGACAGAACAAAAAAGGAGAGAUGGCAAAAAGACGAGUGAGAUGUUCCCCCGUCACUCACUGCGUGGUCGCUCCCUUUCCCAUCACAGGUAACGGGAGUGCUAAGCGAGCGGAUCAUAAAGCGCCCUCCCCUUCUGUCUCUAAAAUCCCUGCUUUUUAUCCUAGCACCACUAAAGGCACCCACGCCCCCAACCCGGAUGCAACUAACACCAAUAACCCUUCCUCCUCUUCUUCCUCCUCCUCCUCUUCCUCCAACAACAAGUCCUCCCUCCCCUCCCCCCACCACCCUCCCCGUUCCAGCUCCUCCUCCUCCUCCCCCUCCUCCUCGCAACUCCCCUCCCUCUCUAACGGAAACCCUAAACUCACUCCUGCUACUCCCUCACAGCACGCCGGUAAAACUCUCUCCCUCUCCUCCCCCCAGACCCAAAACAUAAGAGUGCACUCCUACUCCUCUUCAUCCUCCUCCUACUCCUCCUCCUCCUCCUCCUCUCCCUCCCCUCUGUCGCCAACCCCCCUGGGUCCGGGCGGGAGGAGCAUUCGCACAAUACACACGCCCAGCUUCACCAGCUACAGGUCUCACAACGGCUCCAAGUCCUGCAUCCCUACCGCAACUAAGGACUCCAACUAGCGCUAGCGCCCUGACGUUCCAGCACUAGCUCCAGCACUGUAGCGCCAGCUUCGUAGCACCGGCACCAUUGCGACAGAACUGUUGCACCCCCCCAACCAACGCGUUAGCUUAGCAUUGCUCUAGCGCCAGCUCCAUAGCGCUAUCCCCAUAGUGAAGUAGCACCGUGGCGCUAGCACCGUAGUGUUAGCCUAGAGCUAGCACCAUAGCAACAGCACCAUAGCAUUAGCCUAGCACUAGCACCAUGGAACAAGCAUCAUUGUAUUAGCACCCUAGCCUAGUACCGUAGCAUGUUAUCCUAGCGUUGCCCCUCCAGCUCCCAGGGCUAACGGCUAAAUUUGCUUUGUUUUGCUAUUUUGUUUUUGUUUUGUUUUGUUCUCCAUCUUGUUUUUUGAAUAGUAUUAAGCAACGCACUCUUCCAUGCUUUUAGUUCUCACCCCCCAGUGGUGUCCUUGUGCCACUGCAGUUGUAUUUUCCCGUUUUUGUAUAUUAAGAUGAAACCGCUUUUACGAAGCGUUUUAAUGCAAGGGGAUUCAGAGCUUCAUGUCUCCUAGUUGAAUCAUUUUGUCUGUAAGUCUCUCGGGGGUCAGAGCUUUCAUGGGGUGGAAAACAAUAUUUUUUUCGGAAAAAAGAAUUUGAUGAUGUCGUAUUGUUGCUGUUCACAGAGACUGUCACGUAGACCUGUGUGUUUUGUUUUUUAAAUCAGAAAACUAAAUAAUCAUAGUCAUUUUUUUAUUUGCCGGACUUUCCUGUUAAAGCCUUUUUACAAACAUAGAGUGUGUAUCCAGAGCUUUUACUACAGCAUUAAUGCAAUAGUGUUGCAGAACAUCUGUCCGUAUGCACUGCCGUUUCUCCUCAAGGUGUUUCACUGCAUCAUGGUCGUCUCCAUGGCAGUGAGUCUCUUUGCCAAAGCCGUUGUACAGUGUGGUUAGAAGGCCCGUCUCCACUCCUGGGACUAGAUUUGAUGUCCACGCCCAGGGCCAAGGCCUGAUUUCAGUAGCUUUCUCUAGGAAAUGUCUCCGGACAUUUAUCAAUGGUCUAAAUGUAUGCAUUACUAAAACACAUGACGAUAAACUGUUCUACUAUGUGUACAUAGAAGCUUCUGGUGAGAAAUGGAGUAGUUUUGUUAACGUAACAAAGUUUAUUUGGAUGCACGCAUUGCGGGGAACCUUAUAGGGGAGAGUUGUAAAGGACUGUUUGCACAGAUAGAUUUUGUAAAUAUUUUGUUUUGUAAAGCUGUUAUCUCUAAAGCGACAUGGCUUUCAACUGUCUCAAUAAAGAUCUGCAUGCUUUGAAUGCAUUUACAUUACCA